AUGCUAACUAACAACGAUGAUCGUAACGGUGAAAGUUCAACAGCAAUCGAUAUUUUUCGUCCAAGCAAGCCUAUUUUCAAUCGUGUAUCGAAGAAAAAUAAAAGUUUUCAAUGUCAUCAAACAAAUGAUGCUGUUCAAGCUCGACACUAUCGAACACCACCAAAACAAUUACAAGCUAUGUUUUGGCCAACAUGUGAUACGCGUAAUACUGCUACUAUAAAUAAUCAAACCAAUCAAGAUGACAUGGUUCCACUGGUGACUAAAAAAGGAAAUGAUUACUCUGCAACAAUUAUCAAAUGCUGA